CCUGGGUCAGCCUGGGGUCUGCUUUGGGUCAGCUCUGGGUCUGCCAUUAGCAGACCCAAAGCAAAUCCUGUGUGGACAUAAAAAACAGACCCUGGUAUUUGGUUGGGGUAUGCUUUCUGUUAGAUUGGGUCUGGUUGUUACUGUGAUGUUGCAUUGAGACUUAACAAAAUAGAGGUCCUCUUACUAAUGAACAUGAUUCAUUGAGUACCAAGCAUAUGCAUGUAGGUCGUAAAUUCAAAGCCCUUUGCCUGCAGCAGCCUUAGUAUUUUGAAAUAUUCCAUAAUAAGUAAAACAGCAAACCACAACAAAUGGAAGGAAAAUUUUAUGUGGUUGACUUGGUGAAAAAAAGUAAAAGAGAAAAUAUUGAACAAGAACCUGUGUUCCUUUUUCGAGAGUAAAUCCUUCCAUAGAUUUCUUGUUUUAUUUUACAGUCGAUUGUGUUGACCCCAGUAGGGACCUCCAUUAAGCCCCCCGAUUUUUAGCUUUUUUAGUUGUUGUGGUAGCAAUGAUAUCCUGGCAACGAAUUACUUAUACUGCUCUGACACUGUAAUCUUAGAGCUGCAGUAGAUUGACAAGUUUAAUCCAACUGCAGAAAUGGUUCCACCAAAAAAACAGUUCAAAGUUACAGCAGUAGCUAAUUUAUUUCUAAAGAUAUUUUUUUCUUCUUGAAAAUGGAAGUGUUUUAAAUGCAAUCUGUAGAAUUGAAAAGGGUUGGACUGUUUUAACAAAGUAAUUUAUGUGGAGUCCUCCUCAGUAUUUUUUAGUCUGACUCUGCAGUUAUGUUUUGUUUUACAAAAUAUCCAUUCUAGAUUGAGUUUAUGAGUUUUUCACUCACUUUCAUGAUUCUUGGACAGGGAAGUUAUAUUUAAGUCACUGACAGGGGCAUUUCACAAGUCACCAGGUGUAUCUUCUAGAAUUUAAAAUUCAAAAUGGAAAUUGGCAGUUCUACCUGUGUGCAGAUCAUUAAAUGUAAAGUUUACUGUGCUAUAUUUUUUUUUAUUUGAUAAAAGCAAACAUAAAACUUGUUUGGUGUACUAAGUCUACACAUUGAACAUGUUGUGAAUUUUUUGUUGUACGUAUGAAGUUGAAUAGAAUAUUGCGACUUAAUAGAUUUGUAUCGCGUAAAUAGCUAACAUUUAUCUUUUAAACAAACAAUGGCUGGUCUAAAUGGGAACUAGGUACAGAAAUGGGCAUGUUUUGUUACAAAUUUAUGCAGUGGUCGAGGCGCAUUGUGAUGAUUGUUGUUGAUUAGUUGGGACUUGGUGAUUCUCGGAUUCCUUCCAAUAUUAAUUCAAGGACAACGGUACAGCCAAGCCUAUAGGAAGGAAGUGAUGCUUCAUGGGAAGGCUAUAUAGCAUGUAGGAAUUAACGUCACCGAUACUGUGAAUCAGUAUGGAUCUUUUAUGUGAUUUGUUGUGGUCUUUUUUGCCGAUAUGAAUCAUUUAGAUUCGGGAUCUUUGUCUGUGAUGGCCGUUCAGGCUCCUCUUCACCAUGCUCGUCCACAUAACCAUGAAUUCGGAGAGACAGAAUCAAACUUUGGAGCAACUCAAGGAGCCUAUGGGAGGACCAGAGGAAUGUAUGGAAGUAAUGCCUUCCAUCCGGGGCGAUUCUUUCACGGAACUCAACCACAUCGACGAUGGGCGGGGACAUUCGGCCAUGCCAAUAAAAACACUUAUCUACCAAAUGCUGAUAACAUACCACUUAAGCCAAAAGUUGUGACGAUAGUCAGAAAUGGACACAAACCCCGAAACAAUGUGAAGAUUCUCCUCAAUAGGAGAAGUGUUCAGUCCUUUGAGCAACUUAUGGCAGACAUUUCCGAGGCCUUUGGACCUAAAUAUAAAAACAAUAAAGUGAAGAAAUUGUUCUCAAUUCGUGGGAGGGAGGUUCAAGGAAUUUCAGACUUUUUCCGUGAUGACGAUGUGUUUAUUGGUGUGGGUGGGGAAUCUCUUACUGAGACAGACAUUGUUGAUAUUGUAGAGGAAUUGUAUCCAGACAGCUCAAUGGCCAAAAGCAUUCUCCGAGAACUGGAAAGGAACAAACGUAAGCGUCAUAACCUUGCUAAACAGACGCAAGCGGAUCACGAUGCUGAUAAGAGAGACAGUGGGUUUGGUGAGGGUAGUGAUGGCAGCAAUAGGGAGCAGGAUGGAGAAUAUGUCAUCUACAAGGGCAGGCCUCAGGAGAAGGGAAAACGAAGAAAUGAUUAUCCCAAGGAAUAUGAACUGGCUGGUAAACUUGAGCAGGAGAAGGAUAAGGCUGUCCAUGACGAACGGGAGAGGACAAAGAAACGGCAACAAAAAAUGAUGGAAACAGAGCGACGUGCAUUGGAUGAAGAAAGGCGGAAGAGAGGUUUAGUACCAAACAAGCCAGAGGAUCCGUUUAAGAGAAUAAAGGAGCAGAAAGAGAAAGAAAAGGAAGAGGCUCGCAAGAAGAAGGAGGAAGAAAGAUUGAAGAAAUUGGAAGAAGAAGAAAAAGAGAAGCAGAAGAAAGAACAGGAAGCUCGAGAAAGAGCUAUUCAAGCUGCUCGGGAUAGACAAGCUGCUGCAGAGAAGGCAGAAAGAGUUAAAGCAGAGAAAGAAAAGGCAGAGAGAGAGAAAAUGGAGAAAGAAAAGGCAGAGAAGGAGGACAAAGAAAAACCAGAUAAGGACAGUAAAGAAGCUGCCAAUAAGGAUAAGACACCAAGAGAUCAGAAGGCAGAUGCUGUCACAAAGGAGAAGUCGCCAAGAGAUCCAAAGGCAACGAAAGAGAAGACGGAUCCAGCUCUGAAAGACAAAGAAAAAGCAGAAAAGAAGCGAAAAUCAAAAUCCAAGAUUGUACGCAAAUCGAAACUGGAGCGCCAAGUGAGUGGUGAUGAACACAUCACAAACAAGUAUGAUCUAGGCAGGACUCUUGGAGAUGGAAACUUUGCUAUAGUGAGACAGUCUAAGCUAAAAGCAGGUAGUGGUGAAUAUGCCAUGAAAGUGAUAGACAAGCCGAAACUGAGAGGCAAAGAGCAUAUGGUGGAGAAUGAGAUUGAAAUUAUGAAGGACUGUCACCAUCACAAUAUUGUCAAGUUGUACGAGGAGUAUGAAACGUCAGACAAAAUUUACCUGGUUAUGGAACUUGUCAAGGGUGGGGACUUGUUUGAUGCCAUUACUCAGAGUGUGAAGUUUGGGGAAGUGGAUUCUGCUCGUAUGGUCAAGGAUUUAUGUAAUGCCCUUUUCUACCUCCACUCGCGCUCAAUAGUCCAUCGAGACCUCAAACCUGAGAACCUCCUGGUUCACAGAAACAAGGAUGGUUCCAUCUCCCUGAAGCUGGCAGACUUUGGGUUAGCAAUGGAAGUGAAGGAGCCAAUCUUCACAGUCUGUGGAACGCCAACCUAUGUAGCCCCAGAAAUCCUCUCAGAAAUUGGCUAUGGCUUGGAGGUGGACAUGUGGGCUGUAGGAGUCAUUACGUAUAUUCUGUUGUGUGGUUUCCCACCGUUUCGAAGUCCUGAUAGAAACCAGACAGAACUGUUUGAGUUUAUUAAAGCAGGAGAAUAUGAGUUCCUUAGUCCAUAUUGGGACAACAUCUCACCAUAUGCCAAAGAUCUGAUAGAACACUUAUUAGUGGUAGACAAGAAAAAACGGUACACAGCCAUAGAAACUCUCUCACACCCAUGGAUUUUGUUAAAUGGUGAUAUGUCAAGGCCGCCGGAGAGCUCUAAACUGGACGAAAUGAGGAAAAAUACACGAAAAGAGCUGGAACUUCAGGCGAAGCAAAGCUAUGACUCUUAUCAAAAACUUAAAGAGAAACGCAAGCUGGAGCAGCAAGCGGCCUCAUGAUCACUGAUCCUUAGCAUUUCCAUAGCAAUGUCUGCAGUCUUGUGUAGCCAUAGCAACAUGAGUUUGUUUUGUGAAAGAAAAAACCUAUAGAAAUGAAUUUCACUGUGCCAACUUCUGUCCAAAAUAUAUAUUUGUAUUGCACAGAAAGGACAGUUAAUUGAUUACCACAUAUAUAUUGUUUCGAGUCAUAAACUUUUCAUCUUGAACCUGAGGAAAAGAAUUGAAAUGAGUUUUGAGAUUGGAGUUUUGAGUUUCAUUAUUCUAGUUUUAUGUGACAGUUUUGUACAUAUUGAAACCAAUUUUUUUGUAUUUUAUAUGCAAGUCAGGAAUGUGCUAAAUGUUGAUUGUUUUCACUGAUUUUGAUAUUCUUUGGGGUUUUUCAACCCAUUAAGUCAAACGGUGGCCUAACUGUGAUAUAUAGAAGUAUGGUCAAUUUUAUGGCAUUGUUGAUUUGUGAAUGGAAAACUGGUAUUUUAAUUAACAAUGGUUUUCAGAGUAUAUAUGUGUAUGUAAAAUUCCCUGAACAGAAGAUAACUGUUAUAAUUGCUCUUAAAAAAGAACUCAAAAUGUUUACCAUGACCUUAUGUUUGUGUGUUAACAGCAUUGAAAAUUUAUAAUGACGGUAUACUUUACUUGGUAAUUUCCCUUAGUUCUUGUUUUGCGGAACACUGAUAUUGAAUGAAUUUUUCAGAUGUAUCAUUAUACAUAAAAUAUAUAGCAUCAAACAUUCAGAUAGUCCAGAGGUGUUAUAUAAAAACUAUCAGGACAUAUAUUUUACUAAGUGUAAAUGUCAAUAAGGAAUAGAGAAUGAUAGAGUAUGUUUAAAACUUGAUUUUAUACAAAUAUAUACAAUGUAUAUACCAAUUAUUGUCUUAUACUGCAGAUUUUCAAAGUCUGAGCUGUAGUUUACUUGUCAUACUGUAUUACAUCCGUCCUAUUUGUUAUGCUGUGAGUGGAUGAGUGUUUACAAGCAGUUGUUAUUCAUUUGUUAUCUGUUUAUAUUUCUAUAACACCAGUCAAGGUCAUUCAGUUGACCUUCAGUUAUUUUUUAUCUUUUUUGCUAUUACCGUCCCUGACAACAUUUGAUUUAUACAGCAUUUUUACAUUAUUUUAUUAUUAAUUUUUGUAUAUUUUAUCAUGUUAAAAAAAUCAGCAUGUCUGAGAGGACAUCUAUUAUUUGAGAAAUCAAAGAUGGCGUCGAUUCUGUUGGUGGUGUUGAUGGUAUGCAUUUGUAGUGAUAGAUAGAUUUGAACUGUGAUACAUACAUGUAAAUAUACCAUACCUACUACUGAGCGGCCUGACAUAUUGGUUUACAACAGUCAAUCAAUAGUCAAACAGAUAUUUACCUAGCAUUUAAAAUAAAAAUUAUAUUUAUCAUUGAAAUUCAAUACUAGGUGAAUUGAUAAAAUUUCUCUCCCUCAAACAACAGCUGUGGCUGCGCUGUUGGAUUUUAUUUUGUAAUUAGCAUAACUUUUCUAUCAUCUCAUAGUUUUUAUUUAUUACUUAUUUCAGGCUGAGUUUAGGAUUUGUCUCAAAUGAGAUAUAGCCCAUCAUUUACUGUAAAAGUUCCUAAAUCAUAUAUUCAUUGUUUUAGAUAGGAAAGGAUGAAAUACAAAGGGGUCCUAUAUUUUAUUAUCUAAGGAAAAGUACUUUAUAGCUCUGAAAAUUAUAUUUAUAUAGUUAGAAUUUCCAUUCCAGCAAUAUCAAACUUUACUGAUAGACAUUAAAUGCUAAGUAUAUUAUACAUGUAUGAAAAUCAUAUAUAUAAGCUUAAAUAUUCAACUUAUGAAAAAAAAAACAAAACAAUGCAUAAACCGUUUUCUUCAUAAGCAUUGAUUCGUUUUGAUGAUAUUCUUUUGGGUAGAAAACUUUCUUUUAAUAUCAUAAAUUCAAAAGAUAUUAACUCCUGAAUUUUAUUGAUCAUUUUCGUCAAUUUUUUUCUUCAAUAAAUUUUAAGGGUUUAGGUGGAGAAUUUUGAUUGAUUUCAUUAAUGUAUUAAUUUGACUUUCCUUUCAUAUACCAAGUCUGUUUGAUACCAGUUAUUAUGUCCUUUGACUUUUAAUUAGAUGAAGGGGUAGUGGCUGGUUUUUAUAAGUCUGAUUAACUUUUGUUCAACCAUGCAAUAACCGCCAGUUUUGUUGGAAACAAUAAAAACAAAGCUUUGCUGAUCAACCUUUUUGACAUUCCAGUAACUGUUAUUUUUGCUAACUCUCUGUUACAUGCAUAUGAUAUGUAUAUUUCAUGUUAUGGAAUAAAUUCUUUAUAGAUCAUUCAAAA